UCUGACCAGGGCACGAUACAGUCUGAUCAUUACUGAUUUAUAUGCUACCCCGUUGGCUGUUCACUGCAGUAUCCUAUUAAUUCUGUUGAUUCAUGCGAAAAAAAAAUGUAUUUACCAGUUGAGUAAAUCUCCCAGAGGCAUUAACCAACAAAAUGAGAAUGUAAACGCUACCGAAAAAUAAUAGGGAAUUAAAGUUUCACAGUUUCUUUCGGGCGAGGUUAAGUCAACAAGUCGGGAGGAGAUGACCAGGCGCGAGUGCGGAAACGCAGGAAGGUAUUUUGCAUGAAGCUGACUUCCAGUGUGAUUCUUGUUGCCAUUAUUUUAAUUUCUGGGACUCUGUAGGAAUCUUCAAGAACUAUCAGUUGCCAGCUGAUCACAACUUCCUCAACAUUGGCGUGGUAAAUGCCCUUACUAGAAAUGGUAUGCUCAUACCUUAAUUUUUAAGACAAGUUACAGAAUAUUUGGUGUUUCUAAAAGAAGAUGUCCCAACCAACAAGCUACCCAGAAAACAGGGCUGAGAAAAAUUUUACAAGAGGUGAGAGAGAUCACCCCAACAAGGAACGCCAUCAUGAUCACCGUCGCCACAAUGAACAUACCUAUCCUCGCAGGGAUCGGGAUGGUGACAGCAGAAACCACAGAGAAAGAGAUUACGCUAAACAAAACUGGGAUCGAGACAGAGACAGGAGAAAGGAACGAUCAGAAGAGAAAAGAUCUCAUGCUAGAGGUGGCCAUAGUAAUGGGCAUCAUACAAGAGAGGACCGAGAUAGGAAAGAGAGGGAAUACUAUAAGAGGGAGAAUCGAGACCAUCACUACAACCGAGAAAGAAAACAUCAUUCUCGCACUGACGAAAAUUCAACAAACAGUAAUCAGCAGACUUACAGAAAUGAAAAAGAAAUUUCUUUAUCACAUAAUGAGAGAAUUUCCUACAGACGAAACAACUAUGCUGAAACUGCACCACCAGAAUACGUAAUAACUGAAGAUAAAAGACCUGAGAUGCAUUACUUUGAGCCAGAAGAUUCAGGAGGGAUUUUAAAUUGCUACAGCUGUCACUACCUCUGUACAAAUCGAGGUCUCUGUCAGUUGGUGGAGGUGCUUCUGAACCUAUUAAUUCUGAUAUGUGGGGCAAUCUCCUACAGUGGCACUGGGGGCUACACAGAUCUCUCCAGCCUGGGAAGUCUCUACUACUACACAUUUGGAUCAGCCUAUAGUGGAUUUCAAGGAGCAGAGGCUGAAAAAGUAAAGGAGUUGGAUGUUGCAUUUUACCAACUAAAGUUGCCUACAGUCAUUGGCAUCAUGGCGUAUGGUGGGGCUUUGAUGUCCUUUGCGUGCCUUAUGCUGGUUUUAGGCCUGGCUCGGCUACCUUGGCGAUUUCCCUUCUUGCUGAUUAUUGAAUGUGCUCUGGAUAUAGCGAUAGGGCUUGCCUAUAUUCCUGCUGUUUAUUUUUAUUUUCAACACCUGAUUAAGAGCUACAAUUCAGAAGUGUGUAAAGAGAGGGAAGAAAUGUACAAAAGUAAAGGGUAUGAUGGGUUUAACUGUAGUCUGCAUGGUGCUGACAUUGUUGGUGGUCUGUGUGCCUGCCUUGCUAUCAUAGUAUACUUGCUCAAUGCAGUAGCAGCAAUUCUGGCAUUUCGAAAAGUUAGAAGACUGAAAAGCAUGAGAGAAGAGGUCUGUAUCAAAUCUACAAUUGUUUAAGGUUUAAUUAAUCUCUACGUUCAUCUACAAUUUCCUGACAUAGAAGUAAGGAAUCAGCUGUAUGCUCUAUUCUGUUUAUUCUGAUAGAUAAAACUUCAUAUGUCUGUGACAUACAGUUGUGAACUACAGUUAGUGAAGCUUAGACAAUGAGAAUAUAAGCACCUAGAAAUGUUCUUAAAGAAACAGUGCAGUAGUGGACUUUGUUGUUUCAUAGGGUUUGACUUUUGUAAGUUUUCAAUAGGGCCAAGAAGCAUCAGAAUUUAAUGCAUUACUCAACAAGUAGCAAACUUGAUAAAUGUUACUAAGGUUCUUAAGGCUGCAGCAGUCAAAUGUAGAUGGUUAUAAAUUAUUACAUCACAACUGAUGCCUUUACCUUCAGAGAGGGAUCAUAAAAGUCACUUCUACUUUUGAGUCAACCUAUCUUGCACUCAGAUGGCCAAAAGAGACAAUGCGCAUAAACUGAUGUUCUGGUUGGACGUAGUGAGGAGUUCACUGGAGGAGUGCUUGCCUCUAUACCUGCUGUUCAUGUUUAUUUUCAUCACUUGAUUGAGACUUAGCUGACUUACAUUUCACAUUUCUUUCUUGAGGCAAUUAACACCUGAAAGAGUUGGUUAAGUGACAGUCUGAGGAGGUAGGUUAAAGGUGCACAUUAGUCCACAGUUAAUUGCACAUCAACUGAACAGGCUUAAAACAUUAUUUUGGAGAUUAAGGUUUUAAGAAAGCACAUAUGAAUCAAACUCAUUAUCAGAUGGGUCAUUUCAGUAGUUUCCUUUUCAUAGUAACGGGCAGAUUUUAGGCAGUUUUUCCCCUUAAACUAAUUCUGUUAAUCUGAGGGAUAUUCUCAGUUAACCAACUGAAAAAUAAGAUAGAACAUUUUUUUAAGCAAAGAAAAAGGUGGGCCAGUGAGUUAUCCAUCUAUUCCACUUCGGAAUUUGGACUUGAACCCUGAAUGAUGGAAUCAAAGUCUCCUGUUGAAUGUAAGAGAACUAUGGAACAGUAAUUUAGAUGAUAUCAACCCUACUGGGUCACAAAAGUGACCUUAAUUUGACAUUAAAUCAUGAGACCAAGAAGCUGCUUGCUGAUGGAAAUGGAAAUCUCAUUCUGUGAGAUGUUCUGAAAUUAGUUUUAAAGAUAAAAAUAAAGGGAAGUGAGCAAAUAGAAACUGUUACCUUAUCUCAGAGUACUUCAUGCUGGGUACUACAAAAAUGAGAAAAGCGCCCAUUCCUCUCUUCACACACAAGUGAAAAAAAAACUCCAAUUGUUGGAUAAAUACAGUAGCAUGUAUGCAUUAAGCAUAAUCAAAAUUCUGAACAAAUCCAAAAUUGAGUGUGUUCUAAUUAUUCCACCUCUUUUAGCUAUCCACUUUAAAACUAGUGAAGAAUUACAUUUUGAGCUUGUAAUGUAAAUUCAGUGCUUUGAGAAUAUAUUGUAAGGUUUGACUACUUUAUACAUUUAUACCAUGUAUUUCUGAACAGUAUUUUUAUAUCAAUUUGAUUGAUUAAUAUUAAAAGCAAUGUCUUAUUUAAACUAUAUACAAUGUAAAAUUAGUGUUUUUGUUCAUGUUACUAGAGAUGAUAGCAGAAUGGGACCAAAUUGCGUGGAACGAAUAGUGGUGUCAAAAAGUAAAGCAAAAUAUAUGCUAAUAAAUUAUUCUGAAACCUCA